AUGUCCAAGGAAGAUGCCCAGGUCGGCGUGGUGCCCCCCACGUACGACUCCGAGAAGGGUGCUCACAACUCUGUCGGCAAUAUCCACGAGACCGAUAACCGCGAGGACGACUUCAGAACCCGCAACGGCCUGAACCUUCGCAGUUUCCAGCGACGUGAUGAAACGACUGUUGGUGGCGAAGCCGAGCUGGACCGCUCCAUGAAGCCUCGUCACUUGCAAAUGAUUGCCAUCGGUGGUUCCAUCGGUGCUGGUUUCUUCGUCGGUUCCGGUUCUGCCCUCACCAAGGGUGGUCCCGGGUCUCUCCUCAUCUGCUUCCUCAUCGCUGGUGUCAUGAUCUUCAACGUUGUCUACGCUCUCGGCGAGCUCGCUGUCCUGUACCCUGUCUCUGGUGGUUUCUACACGUACUCUAUCCGCUUCCUCGACCCUUCCUGGGGUUUUGCCAUGGGCUGGAAUUAUGUCUUCCAAUGGGUCAUCGUCUUACCACUCGAACUAACGGUCUGUUCCUUCACGGUACAAUACUGGAAUAAGGAGAUUAGUGUCGCCGUCUGGAUCACUGUCUUCUGGCUCUUCAUCAUUAUCAUCAACGUUUUUGGAACUCUUGGCUUCGCCGAGGAGGAAUUCGUCUCGUCUGCCUUCAAGCUCAUCGCCACCGUCAUCUUCAUGGUUGUCGGCCUUGUUCUUAUCUGCGGUGGCGGCCCCGAGGGUGGCAAGUACGACGAGUACUGGGGCGACCGUCUCUGGAGAGACCCCGGUGCGUUCCAGAACGGCUUCCGAGGCUUCUGCUCUGUCUUCGUCACUGCCGCCUUUGCCUUCUCCGGUACUGAGCUUGUCGGUCUGGCUGCUGCCGAGUCUACCAAUCCUGCCAAGGCCCUCCCCGGUGCUAUUAAGCAGGUCUUCUGGCGUAUCACCCUCUUUUACAUCCUCGGUCUCACCUUUGUUGGUCUUCUCGUCAGCUCCACCGACGACCGUCUCCUGAGCGCCGACAACCCAUACUCUGAGGGUGUUUCCCCCUUCGUUCUUGCCCCUCUCGACGCCCACCUGUGGGGAUACGACAGCUUCAUGAACGUCGUCAUUCUUGUUUCCGUCGUCUCCAUCGGUGUCUCUUGCGUUUACGGUGGCUCCCGUACCCUGACUGCCCUCGCCCAGCAGGGAUACGCCCCCAAGAUCUUCACCUACAUCGACAGGUCCGGCCGCCCUCUGCCUUCCGUCGUCCUCAACCUUGCCUUCGGCGGGUUGGCUUACGUUCGCAUGGUGUCAUCUGGCGGUGUCAUCUUUGACUGGCUUCUGUCUCUCUCCGGCCUUGCUGCCCUCUUCACCUGGGGCUCCAUUUGCGCCGCCCACAUUCGCUUCCGUUCUGCCUGGAAGGCUCAGGGACACACUCUUGACGAGAUUCCGUUCCAGGCCAUUGGCGGUGUUGCCGGUUCCUGGCUUGGUCUUAUCCUGGUCUUUGUCUCUCUGAUUGCCCAGCUCUUCGUUGCCAUCUGCCCUCCCGGUAAGGAUGGUUUCGCUUCCGCCGAGGACUUCUUCAAGGCCUACGCUGCCCUUCCCGUCGUUCUCUUCUUCUGGGCUUGUGGAUACCUCUGGAAGCGCAAGGGUUUCCUGAAGCUUUCCCAGAUCGAUCUCGAUACUGGCCGCCGCGAGGUCGACUGGCUCGUCAUCCACGCCCACCGCGCUAGAGUUGCCGCUUGGCCCGUGUGGAGAAGAUGGCUCAACACCAUCUUCUAA